AUGAAACUUUACUUUUCAAUGGUUAGUCAGCGCACAGCUCCAACAGGACCUCCUCUUUGCUCCUCCAGGAUCUCAAAGAUCAACCCUGCGCUUUGCUGGACCACAGACCAAAUGAACAGGUGAGAGACACUGUUACCUUGCUGGCACAGAAUCCUGAAGGUGAGAACUUAACUCUCAGAGAGCUAUGAUCCCUGACUUUGCAUUCCACUUGCCCAACUUCGGGCUCAACCCUAUGACCGUGAAGUUAAGAGUCUCAUGCUCUACUAAGCUACAUAUAUGCUUGCAACUAGAGAGUUGGAAAGUGAACUGUGGGAGGAAAGUUGUGUAUGCUGUUGACCAUUCCUAUGUUUAACCUUCUUCAUAACAAUUAUUUAAAAAAUUUCUUUUUAGUAAACUUUAAACCUUUAAUCUUAAAAUUUGGGGGGUCUCCAUUGAUUCAGCACCCACAUCUAAAAGUCCAGUUCCACACCACCUUAGAGGUCCUUGAGGAAGACCCAGGGACGGUUUUAGGCUGUGUGGUGGAAGGUAGCCUUGUAGGAAAUCAAAUCCUUUCACCUGGUAGCAGUAAAGUUUUAAAAGGAAGGGUGUGCAAUAAGAGGUGGACACUCUGUCCUAGCCAGAACUCCUUUCUGCACAUGGCUCAGGUCCCAGGGUGCAGCUGGGGAGCCGUCAGCCCUGCUUGUGCUGUGCUGUGUAGUUGCCUCUCGAGGCGGCAAUAAUGCAGUAACACUGGGAAGCUUUGCACAACUAAUAAAGUGGAACGAAGCAUGGACAAUCCAGUAUAAAUCCACCACUAAGACAAUAAUAUUUUGUCAAUGGCAUGCUACAAAAUACACCUGUAAAAAGACUCCCACCAGUCUGUAGGGACCCCCAAUAUAUCUAAAUGUCACUGAUUUUAUUACUCUUGCCAGAAACAUGACCAUCUGACUGGUUUUUAUCUUUGUAGCUGGGCUUUGUUUUGUUGGAACGGUUGUUCAGAUAUUUAAUUUGUGUCUAUCUUAGCACUGGAUUUGAUCUAUUGAUAGGUUGAUUUCACUGACUAUAAAAACGGUUUUAUUGUAUGGUUUAAUUCUCACUGUUUUCCUUUGUAUGUCUCCAUAUUUAUGAUAAAUAAAUACACCAUAGUGCACAUGCCACCCUUUUCAAAUAUCUACCGGUACACUUCAAUGUGUCUGGUGUUCAGCCUCCACCCUAUUGUAAAACACCACUGUAAAUGGACAGCUGAGAAGUGGAAGCUGUUUGCACAGUCUUUGCUGUUUUGCAUAAAAAAUGUUUGAAGUAGCUUUAUAUCACUAAAAGCUUUCAGCAGUAAGGAUGCCCCAACCCCUAACGCUAACCAGGAAAUAUUGUGAUAACAUUGUACAAUGGGGUGUUCUAGGGGGUGUCCCUAUUGUGGACAGGUUGUAUAUGUGCACCUCUGGGGCAGAGGAGUAAAAUGUUUUGAAAGGUGAAACCAGUCAGGUGGACGUGUUUGCAAAACUGUACUUAAAGCGGGGGGUAGUUUGGUUGGUGAAUGAAACUUCUGGAAAGAAAAUUGUGCAUUUGAAGGUACGUGGCUUUUGACAAAGUAAUGGUGAAAAAUAACAGUAGGCAGGCUUUUAUAUCUUCUGGAUUCAUAUUCCAAGUAAGGCUAUCAACAGAUUGAUGCUGUACAUUAAUGUCUUAAGAUAUAUAUUGAUAAUUAUUGCUCAUAAAUUAUUGAUCUGAUUAACAGCUUAUCUCUAAUAGACUUAAUUAAUUAAUUACCAGUUAAACCCUCAGUAGAGACAAUGUUUUGAGAAGGCUGAGGGAAGUAUCUGUAUUGGGAGUUUUAGCGGUUUCUUUUGACUCUGCUGCAGAUUCAAAUUGGGUUGGGUUAGGAAUGUCAUCUUAAUUGCACUUCAAGGACCUUAGUUUCAAUUAACAUUAAAAAAAAAACAAACCAACCUGGUGGUGAUUAUAGAUAAUAAUUAAGUUAUACCAUGGGAUUGAUCACCACCUUCUGCAAGUUAAUUGAUUCCCUCCUUCUCCAAGGUGUUUUUACUUUUCUGAAGGACAAACUACGGUACACAUAACACACAAAAUGCCCUCCAUCUUCCUUUCUCCCUUCCUGAUCCCAGAUGCCCAUUUAUCAUGGGAAAUACACUUCUGGAAUUCCACUGGGAUAGAAAUGAGAGUUAAAACAGCCGGGGGGGGGGGGGAGUUUCAUAUGCCCUUCAGCAUGGAGGUUGUGCACUGAAAGCCCUAUAUUUUUCUGUAUAUAGAAAAUGAAAACCUUGAUCCUGUCUUUCACACAUUGACAUGUAACAUGUAGUUUGCCCCAGAUGUAUCAGCAUAUGCUAUCUGUAGUAUUGGCUGGGAGGUUCAGGCCACAUUUAUACCAUAUAUUUAAAGCACGAUGAUAUCCCUUUAAACAGUUAUUGCUUCCUCCAAACAAUUCUGGGAGUUGUAGUUAAGGGUGCUGAGAGUUGUUAGGAUAUCCCUAUUUCCCUCCCAGGGCCACAAUUCCUAGAGUGGUGUAAGAAUCAACCCGUCUUUGCAGGCAACCCUAGUCAUUGUGGCUCUGUGAGGACAAUAGACGUCUCUUAGUAACUCUCAGUACCACAUUAGCUAUAUACCCAUCCAUGACCAACAGUACUUCUGUCUUAUCUGAAUGAAGUUCCGUUCAGUUGCUUACAGCCACCAGGUAGUUCAGGUUUUCAGCCAUGGGUCAGAUUUGUGCAAUUCUCCACCUCUCCCCAGUGCAACAUUUCAAAAAGAAGCUCAAUCUUGCUCAAGUGACUCGGAGAGACUCAUGGCAUAAAUGGAAAUAGUGAUGAUGACUUAUAAUCUUAGAUGUCUUCUAGUGACCGUGUCAUUGGUGCAGGUUUGCUGACACUGUGUAUCCUGCAAGAAAAGAAACACACCUAAAGAAAAUCCCCAAACAGAUUCUCUGACAGUGCUCAGCCUCAGCGAGCUUAGCACCAGCACUGGAAAAUGUCAGGGUCAGUAUUGCAGAGAACAGGCACAGGAAGUCCUAAAUCAGACAGCAGUGCCUCCCACCCUCCCUUGACUGGAAGCAGAAGUGAAAAAGGGAAGAGUGGGAAUUCUCUCUGCAGUGGCACCAAGAAUCCUGGGGGCCUCACAUUUCCUUUAUGGGGAACAAUGCAGCACCCAUGUGGCCUCUGUAAUACAAAAAGUAAUAGGCCUCAUGGCCCCCUACUGGUAUCUUCAGUUGGUUCCAAUAAAUACAUUGUUCCUAUGCGGGUGGCGCUGUGGGUUAAACCACAUAGCCUAGGGUUUGCCGAUCAGAAGGUCGGCGGUUCGAAUCCCCGCGACGGGGUGAGCUUCCAUUGCUCGGUCCCUGCUCCUGCCAACCUAGCAGUUCGAAAGCACAUCAAAGUGCAAGUAGACAAAUAGGUACUGCUCUGGCGGGAAGGUAAACGGCAUUUCCGUGCACUGCUCUGGUUUCGCCAGAAGCGGCUUAGUCAUGCUGGCCACAUGACCCGAAAGCUGUACGCCAGCUCCCUCGGCCAGUAAAGCGAGAUGAGCGCCGCAACCCCAGAGUUGUCCGCGACUGGACCUAACAGUCAGGAGUCCCUUUACCUUUAUGUCUUCUUAUGACUCAACUCUUACUUUCUGGUUAGAUUAUGAUGCUGAUAAUCCCAAGGUUGCAGGUUCGAUCCCCGUAUGGGAUGACUGCAUAUUCUUGUAUUGCAGGGGCUGGACUAGAUGAUCUUCAGGGUCCCUUCCAACUCUAUGAUUCUACUUCCUCAUGCUUUUCCUCCAAAUUUUGCCAUUUGUGACAUGGCAAAGUAUGCAAUAGCUGGAUUUUAUUUUUUUUAAUCUGUACAGGAAAUUCUUCACCAGCAUGAUGAAAUUCACCAUAUUCCUGAUCUUUGCUGUGGUGUUUCCUGCAAAAUAUGCAAGUCCUCAGUCAUGUGUUAUCGAUACUCUGAUUAAUGGGAAGAUCCAGGCAGCAAUUGAUUCCAAAGGUAUUUGGAUCCAAGGCCUCUUUAUGAUGCUUAAAAAUCUGUUCCCUAUUGUCAUUCUAAGAUUCCCAGGUUCUUCCAGAAUUGUCUGCUUCUAAUAAUAAUGUUGAAUGCUUCAUUUGGAGAUUAUUGUAUCACCGAAGUUUUACUCACUGUAAGGUAAAAAGGGGCAUGAACCGUAAACCCAUCACCCAUACCAGAAAAAUCCUUCCAUUUUUCCUAGAUUAAAUUCACUCCAGUUUGGUAAAGUUAGCUUCAACUGGGGAUCUUGUUUGAUUCAUAGAUCUGAUUUCUCAUUGGAAAGUGUCUGGAGAUGCUGCAAUUCAGAGUUGUUGUUGUUUUUUGUUAUUCUGCUGCAUUAAAGAAUUUAUGUUAGCUCUAAUUGUGAUCUCUAAUUAGAGAUCACACUAGACAAGAGUUUCAAAAAGCAUGGGGAAAAUGCAGAGAAUACUUCACAAAACAGUGCCCUAAAAUACAUACCUGGACUUGUUUCGAUUAAUGUCUGCAGGAGACUUUGUGGAUAUUUAAGUUAUAAUUAGAAAAAUCUUAAUAAUUAUUCAUAAAAGAAACAGUUUAUAAGAAAUAAAUAAGAAGGCCAGAUACAGGAUAAAGGAAGUCUUUUAUUUCGUUGUUUGUAUUGUUAUGCUCACUGUAUGUUAUGUUCACAUUUAAUGAGGGUGGAUUGUGUAUUGGGGUGGGGAGUUUAUAUUAUGUUGUAAAUAUUCCAAUAAAAAAGUAUUUAAAAAAAGAAAAGAAUUUAUGUUAGGACAGCUGGCAUUUUCUGUAAUGCAUAGUUAAGAGUCCAAUACAGAAAUAACAGUUGAUGCUCUGAUUUAAGUGAGUUUAAAAUGCAAAACUGAACACAUUGUACUAAUUUUGAAAAUUGGUUGGCAAAUUGUUGUUUUUCUUGCAGUUGUAAAACACACAAUGGUGAUGUAGGGGAAACAGAAAUGUUAAUUGUUUGCUUUACAGCUGAAGUGGCACAUAAUUUAAUUUUAAUUUGCUUUAAAUCAAGGGAAGAGAAAGUGGCAACGCUAAUGUUUAGCCUUGUUUUCUUGUGGCUCAGAUAGAAAAAUCUGGGGAGACAGUCAUUUCUGCUCCCAAUCUUUGUGUAGACAGACACAAAAAUGAUUAGAAAUUUUGUUAACAAGGAGCAACCAAGAACCAGGAGGGUUAAAAAAAAAGUUUUCAGACUAGGAGAUGCCUGUCAUAACUUUUCUCUUGCCCUGAGAAUUCCUUAAGAGCUGUGAACUGAACAGUUCUCGAUUGUGUGAAAGAUUUUGCAUCUUCAGGAGCUACUGAUAUAUAGCAUGCACAAGCAAUUCAGAGAGAUUCAUGUGACAAAUGCAAUAUGGAAAUCAAUCUUGCAUCUUUGAGGGAGUAGGAUGAUUUUUUAGCUAUGGGGUCAAGCAUACAAGUCUUCUCUUGGAGGGCAGGGCAUAUACUUCAAAUGUAUGGGGUGUAUACAGCCUCAGAAUGAAUAGUAUGUUGCUUGUAGCUAUCUAAAUAGCAGCAAGAACAAAGAAAGCUUUUCUAUUUGAGCAAUGAUGGCAUGCAGUAGAACCCUAAUCCUCCUGUCUUUAUUUACAGUGCACUCAAUUCUGGCAAAGAGACGGCUGAUUUGCACAACCGCAUUUUCUCGUGGUGCUAAUGCCUACUGUCCUUCAGGUAAGACAUAUUUUGCGGAGAAGAGCAGAGACUGGGAGGGUAUUAGGAGCAGGGACAUGGAGGACAGGAAAAUGACUUACUCUGUGGGUAGCAGCUAAACACAUCCCUAUGGAUGUCUGCUUGCUUUGUUUGGUCAUGCGUAUAAAAUCCAAGGUCAUGGCUGAGGGAAACUGGUUGGGUGUCUAAAACUGUGGCAUUAGCACAGCAGCACCAAGGACUUGCACCUCAGCUGUGAUGGUGUCUGAUCAGGUGGAUAUCCUCCACAUCAUGGGGAUAAAAGUGCUCCGCUGCCUGUUUCUCUAACUUCUCUUUUCUACUCCCAGGGUACCUGGCCACUGGAUGUGCCUGUGGAAUGGCUUGUGGUUCCUGGGAUAUACGUGGCGAUGCUACCUGUCACUGCCAGUGUGCCAACAUUGACUGGACUUCUGCCCGGUGCUGCAAAGUGGCCAUUGUUGGCUGA